AUGAGGUCAGAAGCAGGGAAAACUACAUUUCCCCCGCCGGAGCGAGGCACUGAUUGGUGUGGAGAAUGCUGGCGAGGGGACUUGUGGGAAGAGAAGCAGCCUGUAGGAAGUCAAUUCCCGGCACGCCGCUCUUCUUUCCCCAGUUGUGCCGGGGCCGCCGGCUCCCGGAGUAUAGUCAGCCGUUGGCCGCGCCGCCUCCCAGUUAUGAGGCGCCUCAGCCCCUAUCUGAGCCGGGCUGCGCUGCUGUCGCGCGGCCGGCCGCCUCCCUGGAGCUCCCCGCGGGCCUGGCUGGGCGCCGCGUGCCCGGAGAAGGCGGCGCUGGCCCCGACCGCGACCGCAACCGAGGAGUGGGGUCCGGAGCUGGGCUCGUGGCCUGAGCGUCUGGCUGACUUGGUGACGCCGUUGUGGCGGCUGGCCUACGAGCAGCAGCUGCGGGUGAAGGCGGAGGCGCUGCGCGGCCUCCUGGAGCGGCUGGAGGAGCGCCUGCGGUCGCUGGGGAGCCCGGACGCCGCCGAAGCGGGCGCGCUGUGCUCUCGCCUGCAGCCCUUCCGGCCGUCGCCGGUGAUCGAGGGCUACCGGAAUAAGUGCAACUUCGCCAUCCGCCAGAGCCCCGACGGGCGUCCCAGGACAGUGGGCUACGUGCUGGGCGGCGGGCAGGAGCAGCGGCUGGUGUGCGUGCCGCCCGCGCACCUGAAGCACAUCCCCGAGAGGCACCAGCGCGUGGCCCGCUGCUACCAGGCCUUCCUGGCACAGAGCCCGCUCGAGCCCUACCUGGACGUGGCGGCCAGCGGCCACUGGCACGAGCUCACGGUCAGGAGCACGCGGCGUGGGCACACGAUGGCCGUCAUCUCCUUCCACCCGCAGCAGCUGGGGCCUGAGGAGCUGUGGGUGCAUAAAGAGCAAGUCCGGGACUUCUUCACCCGGGGGCCCGGGGCCGUUUGUGACCUGACCUCGCUUUACUUGCAGGAGAAUGCCAGUGCCCAGUGCGGCCAGCAGCAGCCCUGCUACCAGCUGCUGGCGGGAGAGCCGCACAUUUUCGAGGACCUGGCGGGCCUGAGGAUCCGCAUCUCUCCCGGCGCCUUCUUCCAGAUUAACGGAGCUGCUGUCGAGGUUCUCUACCAGGUGGUGGGGGAGCUCAGCGGGGUGGACGCCAAUACUCUCCUCCUUGACCUCAGCCAGGGAACUGGGGCCACCAGCCUGUCCCUGGCCAGGCGAACAGCCCAGGUCCUGAGCACUGGCUUGGUGGGCCAGGCCGUGGGGGACGCCAGGUGGACUGCUGCUUUCAAUGGAAUCACCAACUGGGAAUUCCACGACGAUCACGUGGAGAAUGUAGUGGCCCAGCUUGUCAAGUCCCAGGAGGCUGGUCAGUCGCUGGUGGCUCUGGUGGACCCUUCCCGGACUGGACUGAACAGCCAGGUGGUACGGGCCCUGAGGAACUGCAGAGCCAUCAGGACGCUGCUUUUUGUUUCCUGCUACCCCAGUGGCAAGGCCAAAAGAAACUUCCUUGAGUUGUGCUGCCCCCCAGACCCAGACAAGGAUCUGCUGGGGGACCCUUUUGUCCUGAGACAAGCUGUGCCUGUGGACAUGUUUCCACACACCCUGCACUAUGAGUUGGUGCUGCUCUUCACUAGGUGACUGCCCCCACCAUCUCAGCACUCUGCAGGCCUUCUCCGUUAAGGACUGAGUGUUAGCUUGUGCCAACUCGGGCAGGCCCUGGACUGACCCUGCUUUCAGAAGCUAGACUCCAACUUGAGUCUUAAGGGGCUUGCUUCCUGGCCCAUUGGCCAGGUCCUCCCAGCUUACCUCAAUCAACACACUGUUUUGUGCAAAGCAGGCCUUUGACGCAUGAAGUUCAAGUGAAAUGAGAGAAAGAUGACUGCAUUGGUGGAUUCUGGGAAGCAGAGAGUAGUGGCAGCAAGAGUUUGGGGCUGGUGGGCAGACUUCUGUUAGAUUCCAGGUCAAAUUGACCCUGGGAAGGAGACAGCCUAGCAGUUGCAGAGCCGUAGCCACUGGCAGGACCCAGCCUGAGCCAAGGUGCUGGAGCUGCCUUUACUGGUGUUUCCAUUCCCCUACUCUUGGCUAUAGGAAAAUCAUAGCCUAACCUGGUUGCUUUCUUCUUCAGUUGUUUGUGACUCUACCCCAUGUGGGGCUUUCUUGGCAAAGACUCUGGAGAGGUUUGCUGUUUCCUUCUCCACAGCCCAUUUUACACAUGAGGAACUGAGGCAAGCAGAGUAAAGUGGCUUGUCCUGGGUCACAGCUAGCAAGUGUCUGAGGCCAGAUUGGAAUUCAGGAAGAGGAGUCUUCAUGACUUCAGGCCUGCAGCUCCUAACUACUGCACCACCUAGGUGCCCCUUACCAGGUAGAGCUGAGUCCCAGCCAUGGAGAGGUUCAGUACCUAAACUUCUCUGAGAGGGGGAAAGGCAAUGAGACAGUACUCAGAGCAUUGGCUGUGAUUGAGUUUUGUGACUUCUUUGUUUAUCCUUGUCCUAAAUAAAAAUGAUAU